UUUCAAGAACUCCGGCUCGACGACUUCAUGCGUUGUAUUGUAUUUUUCCGGUGUUUCACACCAAAUCAGUGAGUACGAUGUCUUCCAGUGACGGCGAGGAUAUUCCUCAUGAAUUGGAAGAAUGUUUUGAAAGUUUCAGCGAUUCCCUUGAUAAAGUGGAAAGUGCUAUCAAGCCUUUGUUGGACACGCCGCGUAAUAAGAUACUUCAAGACCUUACACCCUUGGAUGUUGCAAAACUAGAACUUGUUUCAGCAUACUCCAUUAAUUCAAUGUUUUGGACUUAUCUGAUAACUCAGGGAGUCAAUCCCAGAACACAUCCAAUUAAAGGAGAAUUGGAUAGGAUAAAGAUAUACAUGGGUAAAGUGAAAGAAAUAGAAGACCGAGCAAAAGCUCCAAAGCUAGAAAAAGAAACUGCAAAACGUUUUAUAAGAAAUGCGAUGUUUGAUCUCGAUGAUAAAAAUAAAGAAAAACAGGAAAAGUCAGACAGUAAAGGUGCUGCAAAAAGACACUCAAAGCAUCAUGAUCACAAAUCCAAAAAGAGGGCGAAAAAGAAGUGAAAUGGAAAGGCAUGAUACCAUUC